AUGCCAUCCCUCUCCCUUAAACCCGCAAGUAACCCUGUUUUUUGUCCCUCUAAGGCCACCAUUAACAUUGUGUUUGACCAUGUUGGGAAGACUGAUCCAGUGAUUAGAGGGAUUGAGAUCACUGUUAACUACCUAGGCAUUCAGUUUGAUGUAAAGUUCUGGUCUCAGCACAUCUCCUUCAUCCUGGUGGGGAUCAUCAUCGUCACCUCUAUUAGAGGCCUUCUCAUCACACUCACCAAGUUCUUCUAUGCCAUCUCCAGCAGCAAGUCCUCUAAUGUUAUAGUGCUGGUCCUAGCUCAAAUCAUGGGGAUGUACUUUGUCUCGUCCGUUCUCCUCAUGAGGAUGAGCAUGCCUCUAGAGUAUCGCUCUAUCGUGACCAAGGUGCUGGGCGAGUUGCAGUUUAACUUCUAUCACCGAUGGUUCGACGUCAUCUUCCUCGUCAGUGCCCUCUCCAGCAUCCUUUUCCUCUACCUCGCCCACAAACAGGCUCCCGAGAAGCACAUGACCCCCUGA